AUGUACAAGCAUACAUCUACAGUUGAGGUCAAAACGCCAGCGACCAAUCCCGACGCCGACGAUUUCACGGUCGUCACUGGCACAGCGGCUGUGGUGGCAGUCGGGACAGCCGCGGUCGUGUUGCUCGGCUUGACAGCAGUCGACUUGGCCUUGAUCCACGCCACGGGGUCCUUGGUUACGAGGACGGACAAGUCGUUGUUCCACAAGGAACACGAUGCCAACUUGAGUCCGUUGGCUUCACCGACCAACGCCAAGAAGUUCUUGGACGCCAACGAGGCGGUGGCCUGCUUGUCCGUCGGGAGGGCAUCCGUGGUGGAGAAGGUGAGUCAGUCGAAUCCAGCGUCCGUGGUGCACCCGCCCAAGUUCUUGGAUCCCUUGACAGCAGCCACGAUUGUUCAGCUGUGCAAGCCGCAGACUGCUGUCAAGCCGAGCAACACGACCGCGGCUGUCCCGACUGCCACCACAGCCGCUGUGCCAGUGACGACCGUGAAAUCGUCGGCGUCGGGAUUGGUCGCUGGCGUUUUGACCUCAACUGUAGCUGCAUUGAUUCAAUAA